AUGUCAACAAUCGGCACAACAACACUUCAAACAACUACAGCACCAAACUCGUUAGUCAUGAAUCCAACGUCAAUGUUAGUAGAGAUGAAAAGCUUCAUUCCUUCUUCAUAUACUUUCGAAACAGAAAUCCAGAAGAUAAAGCAAGAACUUUUAACAUGUAAUUUAGACUGUAGUGCGAAAGAUGAAGAAAAUGAAGAAUAUCUUUAUGAAAUGCAGGACCUCAUCGACCAUUUACCCAAAUUGCCUGAAAUUCAGCAGCAAAAGCUCACUAUUCCUGAAUUCGAUGAAAUAGAAGUCAAAGCAACUGACUCAGUAGAAAUAAAGAAGUUCAUUCGUAAGGUAAACUAUGAGUUUCUAGGAUUUCAUUGCAACCAUAAGGUUAUGGACAAAGAUUGCGACAUGGUAUAUAAGAAUGUUUCUGACAUAUAUAAAUCUGAAGAAUUUAAGACCUACGACAACUUUGUUUCGUUAGUUGCUGAAUGUGUAUGGCAGAUAAGAGAUAAAGAUAAAAGAUGUAAAAUAUGGAACGAACAAAUAAGACCCGCUAUGUUUGAGAUGAAGAGAGCAAUUGACGCUUUAGUUGUUUUAGCAGGUAAGGUUUCAGAAUAUAACGCAAAAAUGAACCCGCAAUGUUCUAAAUGUAAAGCAGCAAUUAGGAAAUAUAACUACUCCGUCAAAGAGAUAGAAAGAAUGAGAAACGACUAUGCAGAUUUAAAGAAAGA